AUGCGGAAUAUGGUUUGCUUUGCCCGUUCGUUCCGAUUGCAGUUAGUUGACGUGAUCAUUGAACUUCACCAAUGUGGGGGAAGCAAAAUUCCAGACAGUGACCACGCGGCUAUUCACACCCACAACACCGCGGGAGACAAGGUACCAAGUGAGUUGGAAAUGGACAACGAGGCGGACCUAUUGCAAUCAUUUUGUCCACACAAAGAGAAAGUAUUCCUUUCCGCUCCCUGGGCCAAUGGAUUUACCCACAUUGGACAGCAUUUCGAAAGUGGGGCUUCCGAAAUUCACAAUGUCUUACGAAAAUACGCCGUGGAAUGUGGCUUCCAAUUCAGGUUCGUCAAAAAUGACUCUGUCCGGGUGACGGCCAUUUGUGCUAUGAAUGAUUCGAAGGGUUGCACGUGGGCUAUCCACGCACGAAAAUUAGAGGCCAACAGAUUUUUCUAUCUCCGUAAAUGGAACAGUGAACACAUUUGCGGCGUUGCUGUCCGUACGUCCACAAACCCUCUUGUUGGUUCUGAACUUGUUGCAGACAUCAUAGCCGAACGUGCGCGGGAUAGGCCACUAACACGUCCCACCGAAGUUAUAUUGGACCUGAAACAGGAUUACGGGCUGGACAUCAUGUACCGUGUGGCGUGGCUAGGAGUCGAAAAAUCAAGAGGUGAACUAUUCGGUGCACACUCCAUUUCGUUCGAUCAGUUGCGUUGGUAUAGUACUGCGGUAAUGGAACACAACCCCGGAACCUACACCAACAUUGAAUAUGAUGACUACGCACACCAGUUCAUACGGUACUUCAUAUCAUUCAAAGCAUGUAUUGACGGGUUCAACCAUUACCAGCCAUUGCUUUUCCUCGAUGCCACGUUCCUUAAAGGACAAUUCAAAGGGUUUUUACUUGCCGCCACUGUGAAAGACGGGAACCAAGGGAUAUUCCUUUUAGCUUAUGUGGUUGUUGACUCCGAAAACACAGUCAACUGGUCUUGGGGGUGUCGUUACUGUGAGCUGUGUUCAAAUGUUGCUGAAUCAUUCAACUCAUGGGUGCGAGGAGCAUGCAACCUCCCAAUCACAAGAAUGGUUGACAGUAUUAGAGCGAAAUUAAUGCGACAAAUGGCGAAGUGUAGACUUGUAGACCAAACAUGGACUGACACAAUAUGUCCCAAAAUGGAGUCUCGUCUUGAAAAAGCAUUCAAUGAAGGGAGGUCAUGGAAAGUUAGCCAAUCUAAUGAGGACGUGUAUGAAGUCCACUCUUUCUUGUCGGUCACUGUUGACAUCGGACACCGCACCUGUUCAUGUUUCAAAUGGCAGCUCAAUGGCUUUCCAUGUUCUCAUGCCAUGGUUGUCGUACAGAAGAGCAGUCGGGAUUUGAACACUUUGGUUGAAUCGUACUUCCAUGUCAGUGAAUGCCGUUCAACGUACGACGCAACCAUAUUUCCAAUUCCUACCGUGGAGAAACCGCCAUUUAACCAACAUGAUUAUGUUAUCUACCCACCCGUCGUGAAACGUCCACCUGGUAGGCCAAAGAAGAAGAGAAUUCUGUUGAAGGGAGAGCAAGUGCAGCAAAUCAGAUGCGGCCGAUGUGGAUGCAUGGGGAACCAUAACAGGAAAACGUGCAAUGAACCAAUUUAA